AUGCCGGAAUCGCCCAAGUAUCACUAUGUAGGAAGCGUACAGUAUCAGCCUGUGAAGCCGUCGCCGCAUGAGAACUUGAUGGAAGUAUAUGGACUUUCAGAGCUUGUCAAAAAGGUUGGACGGAUUGAUGAGCAUGGAAAUAAACGGAAAAUGCGUCGAUCGUACAAGGCGUAUAUUCAAGAUUUACCUGGACACAAUGAAAUAAUCAAGGACGACACUUUAAAACAAUGGCUUGCUAAUCCUAUCAUGGAAGAUGUCGCUGUCGACGAAGAACAGCUGAUUCAAGCAUUCAGCCAUGUUCAGCCUGGCAUACUUCCAGGUUUUAAUCCAAAGGUUUUUGGCCUUGACGACGAUGCGCCUAUGGGUCCUGGUAGUCGGGAUUCUUCACAGCCUAAGAGCCCUGUACGUUCAAGAAGACCUUGA